AUGGAUCCCUGGAGAGAAGCCGAAGGUAAAAUGCUUCACGACCCCUUCUACCACCAGUUCCACCCUUCCAAGGCCACCACCACCAGCGGCGGUGGCGGCGGCGGCCCUGGGGGGAGGACGGUGCAGGUGAGCGGCCCGGUCAUUGUGGGAGCGGGCCCAUCGGGGCUUGCCGUGGCCGCCUGCCUCAAGGAGAAGGGCCUCCCUUUCUUCCUCCUCGAGAGGACCGACUGCAUCGCCUCCCUGUGGAGGCACAGGACCUACGACCGCCUCCAUCUCCACCUCCCCAAGAGGUUCUGCCAACUACCCCACAUGCCUUUUCCGGCGAAUUUCCCGGCAUACCCGACGAAGGAGCAAUUCCUCGCCUACCUCGACGCCUACGCGUGGCGCUUCGGCGUGUCGCCGACGUUCAACCAGACGGUGGAGUCCGCCGAGUUCGAUCGGUUCCUCGGCCUCUGGAGGGUGAAGACAAGGAGAACCGGCAAGGAGGAGGACGACGGCGGCGAGGAGUAUCUCUGCCGGUGGCUGGUGGUGGCCACCGGAGAGAAUGCGGAGGUUGUGUUGCCGGAGAUCAGAGGGAUGGCACAGUUCAAAGGGCCGGUGGUUCAUACGAGCGCCUAUCGGAGUGGGGCGGCGUUCAGGGGGAAGAGGGUGCUCGUCGUCGGGUGCGGCAACUCCGGCAUGGAGGUGUGCUUAGAUCUCUACAACUACGACGCUCACCCAAGUCUCGUCGUCAGGGAUUCCGUACGUAUAUACAUGCCAUUAAAACUCUUCACACAAUUCGAGAAUAUAAUAUUAAUUUUUCUGAAAAAUUGUCAAAUUUAUUUUAGGUUACAUCAUAUUAUUCCUAGUUCUCGAAAGUGGCAGAGUUAUUAUGUUGGAAUGAUCCUGCAUUGAAUUUAACAUGAUUAGAAUACACGCGGAUAUACAAAUACAACAUUUAUAUAUCUAGCGAGAGAGAGAGAGAGAGAGAGAGAGAGAGAGAGAGAUACUUGAACUGGUCGAAAAUAGAAGCAUUGAAACUAGAUCACCGUUCAUAGAUCAGAUUUUAUCGUUUCAAAGUCUAUUAGUUUUGCCUUCAACUAAACCAGAACCAGGAAUCGAUCAUGCGAUGCAGCUUCUACCCUUUUCGUUCUAUUAUCCUCUUUUCCAGAAUCAGUCCCUACAUGACCGACGGCCAGGUGCGCUGUUUCCCAAGAAGGAUCCCCAAUGUUCGGCGUGCGGAGAAAGAUCUCCCCACGAUUCAGAGGGCCUGGCAAGACCCUCGUGGUACUGGAUUCUCCGCAGGGUUGAUCUGCUUCCCGAUCUGGGUAAAAAAAAGCUUCCAUGCUCGACCCCCGGGGAUCUUCCUCUAUUGAAAUACUUUCUUUCUCGGGAACUCUUUGCCCAUCCCGAAAGCAUCUUCCUCCUAUUCUCCUCCUUUCUCCCCCUGCGCCACCACUUUCCUCCUCCCCCGGCAGAGAAAGAGAGCUAGCCGCAGAGUAGAUUGCAUCAAUAACAUCAACAAGGAAGAUCACCCUAUCUCUCUCUCUCUAAAGUGGUGAGCAAUGGCAGGUGCACGUUCUACCCAGGGACAUACUAGGUGGAUCGACCUUCGGUAUCUCCAUGUGGCUUCUCCGGUGGCUCCCUGUGCGGGCAGUUGACCGGCUACUCCUCAUCGCCUCGCGGCUCAUGCUGGGGGACACCGCCAGGCUCGGCGUGGAGCGCCCCCUGCUCGGCCCGCUGGAGCUCAAGUCCAUCUCCGGCAAGACUCCCGUCCUUGACGUGGGCACGGUGGCGAGGAUCAAGUCCGGUGACGUCAAGGUGAGCCAUUGAUGGAAUAAUCCCGCUUCCGAUGAUAGCUUCGCGGCAUACGGAUUGAUGGGUAGUAUCUUAAUUGAUUGGUGGGUUUUGGUAUCGGCAGGUUCGUCCAGGGAUAGAGCAAUUGCUUGAGCAUGGAGCCGAGUUCGUCGACGGGACGAAGGGGGACUUCGACGCCAUCGUCUUGGCGACUGGGUACAGAAGCAACGUGCCUUCCUGGUUGAAGGUGAGCCAGAUGAUUUUAUACUAGAAAUAUAUAAAUGGAUAAAUCGACGACUUUGAUUAAUUUUGAGAGUGACUAUGCGGUAUAGUAUCAUAGUCCAGGGUCGUGUACUGCAUGCAGCUAGGCAUAUUUUCUUUGCUAUCCUCGUAAGGUAGAGAGAGAGAGAGAGAGAGAGAGAGAGAGAGAGAGAGAAGGGGAUGGAAGUAUAUUAUAGUCGUUAAUUAGCUGAUUAAAUGCGACUAAAAUUAACUUCUUUUGCGUUGAACGAUUCGAUUCUGACAGAGAAUUCAAGGAGAUUGAUGUGUUUAUUUGCCAGGAGAGGGAGUUCGUGGGGGAAGGUUAGUCUGAGGAGAACACAAUUUCUAGACUAAUUUCGCAUUCGAAAUACGCAUCAGAGUAGGUAAUCAACCUAUUCAACGUGCUUAAAAUUAGUCAACUUCGAGUUGGAGGAUCUCAUUCUCGGACACGUUUCAAGGAGAUUGAUUCGUUUGUCUGGCAGGAGGAGGAAUUAUUCUCGGAGAAGGACGGGCUGCCGAGGCGGCCCUUUCCCAACGGAUGGAAGGGCGGGCAGGGCCUCUACGCCGUUGGCUUCACCAAGCGCGGCAUCCUCGGGGCUUCUAUGGACGCGAUGAGGGUCGCUGACGAUAUCGAGCAGCAGUGGAAGGCCGCGACGGAGCCGCCUUCUCACAUAGAAGGGAGCCACUAG